AUGGGACGGAUUUCUCUGAAUAUUAGAGAAGGCGUCAAGGUUUCUGUUUUGGGUUCUGUUGUAGGUGAAAACAUCGCUCAACCACUUUUGAGAGAAUUAUGGAAGACUAAACGACUUUCAGCAACAGUUCUACGAGUAGCAUCAGAAAAUGAAAUUGAGGUCUCAUCGAGCCGUAUGAAGUUUGUGGCUUUUUCCACAACUAGUUCAGAUACUGAUCAAAAUAUGGAUGACGAAGAGAGAACAAGUGAUAGCGAAAUGGAUAGUGAAACGGAUAUUUCAAGUAAUACUGAUGAUAGUUCUGAAGAUGGAAAAGUCAUAAACGUUAUGUCUCGCUCCUAUUCCAGCACACCAGUUGUACACAUUGCUGAUAUCUCUAAAGCAAUACUCAGACAAUUUUUUGAGCGGUUUAUGCCUGUUGAUUUUAUAAUGUCAGUGGUAAUUCCAUCUACAAAUAAGAGUCAGUUUCACGAUGAAUUUAACGAAAAUCUUACAAAAGCUAUCCUACCUGAUCCUUACCUUUGCAUGGAUGAAUCAAUGUGCCAAUGGAUAGGCAAAGUUGUUAAAGGUCCAUUUCAACGAAAAAUACUGAGAAAGCCGCAUCCAAUUGGAUGUGAAUUCAAAGCUCUUGCAAAUGCUCAAAUUAAUUUGUUCUUAAGAUUAGACCCAGCAGAACCUUCGGAAUAUGCAUGCAUUACUUUAUAUAACCAUGGUCUUUAUUCUAUUCUACAAAUAAAGAAGCAUCGUUAUUGGCCUAAGAAUAUCCCUAGUGAUAUUACAGAUGUACUUGGAGACACAUAUGGAUCAUUU